ACCGCCCGGGGCCGGGUGGCCUUCCCGCGGCGCUGCGAGGGAAAGGCCAGCCGAGGCUGGGGCCUCUCCGGGCAGGGCGAUGGGGAGUCGCCUUAAAACCGGAUUACAGUAAACUGGUUAAAGUCGGUGCUGUCAGGCACGUCUCCUCCCUUCAAGGUUAUGCUGGUGAUUAAAAAAAAAAAACCCCAACAAAUUGGUCAUAACGCAAUGAGCGUCUCGCGUCUGAACCAGCUUUUCCUCGGGAAGAGACUUGACUUCUUGGCGGGUGACGCGAAAAGGACGAAAUGUGAUUCCAGUAUGGUUUUACGGGCUCAAGAAGAGAUUAUUGAAAUGAAAGAUGUAUUUUCAGUAAAACUGAAACGUCGUCGUUUUGUAGGGCAGAAAAAAGGUGGCACUUUGUUGGGUAUCACAAUUUUUAAAUGCUUGCAUAAAGAAGAGAAUAAACUAACAGACUGUGCUAUCCAUUUAAAUAACUUAAGUGAAGAUCAUUGUCAUUCAUGGUUUAGACAUCUAAAGGACAUUUUGAAUGGCUUUCAAAAUAGACCAAAAUCCUUAAAAGUGUUUGUUAAUCCAAGCAGCCAUAAAAGAGAAGCCAGUCAUGUUUAUUAUGAAAAAGUUGCACCUCUUUUUAAGCUUGCUGACAUCAAAACUGAUGUCACAGUAACUGAGUAUGAAGGACAUGCUCUCUCAGUACUUAAAGAAUGUGAACUCCAGGCAUUUGAUGGGGUAGUUUGUGUUGGUGGAGACGGAUCUGUCAGUGAAGUUGCUCAUGGCCUACUGCUUAAAGCCCAGAUAGAUGCUGGAAAAGACACAGACUAUAUACCAACACCUGUCAAAGCACCGGUUCCUCUUGGAGUAAUACCAGCAGGUACUGCUAAUAUUUUGGCCCACACUCUCUAUGGUAUUAAGCAUGCAGUGACUGCAACAUUGCACAUUGUAAUGGGACAUAUUCAACCAGUAGAUGUCUGUACUUUCAGUACUCCAAGCAAGCUUUUGCGGUUUGGGUUCUCAGCUAUGUUUGGUUUUGGUGCAAGGACACUAGCUUUGGCUGAAAAACACCGUUGGAUGCCCUCCAAUCAGAGGAAGGAUUUUGCUUUUAUCAAAACACUGGCAGAUCUCAAGCCAGAGGAAUGUGAAUUAUCAUUUCUACCUCUACAUAUUCCACAGGAAGACUCUCGUGAGAAUGACAGAAAGAAGAAAGAGAAAAUAAAAAGAAAAGGUAGCAAGGAUCAAUGGCACAAAAUUCAGGGUCACUUCCUGAAUGUGAGCAUUAUGGCAAUCCCUUGUCUGUGUUCAAUGGCACCAAGAGGCUUGGCACCUAAUACGAGGUUGAAUAAUGGAAGCAUGGCUCUUAUUGUUGUACAAAAUACUUCUCGAACAGAGUUUAUAAAACAUCUGAAAAGAUACGCCAGCAUAAAAAAUCAGUUCAAUUUUCCCUUUGUUGAGACCUACACAGUUCAAGAAGUGAAAGUACAACCAAGGCUUAAAAGUGGGUUUGAUGCCAAAGAAAAUACAUAUUUGAAUGCUGCUUCUGCAGAAGGAAAUUACCCUUGGAAUAUAGAUGGAGACUUAAUGAAAGAAGCAUCAGAAGUUCAUGUCCGGGUGCAUCCUCAACUUAUUAAUCUCUAUGGAGUGAACACUGAUGACCUGGAAUGUUCCCAAGCGACAUGCAAUUGCAUAUAGAAGGGACACAUUGCAAGUUCCGUAUUAAAGAAUCUGUUUCUCACCUCUACACACAGCCUUCCAAGGUCCCAGUCUUUCACUCACUGAAUUCACUUGUUGUAGCAGAAGCUUAACUGGGAUGUUUGUAAUAUUUCUGGUUUUAAAUUUUUAUCAAGUUGUAUAUUUUUAUCAGGUUGUAUUUAACUGUAAAGAAACUGUUAGGCUUAACAAGAAAAAAUGAAACCUUAUUAUACUGAUGUCUUCAAAAUUUAGAGUUGGAGAAGCAUCCAUCAGAAUAGAAGAAAAUAUUUUUAUUUCUUUAAAGUUAUUCUAGCUUUCACAAUAAAUAUAGUAUGAGAUACUUUUAAGUCUGCUGCUGCUAUCCAUGUUGUCAGGUAACUCAGUUCAAAUAGAACUGGUGAGUGGAGGUGUGGUACCAUCUCAUGCGGAAGAAUGGUGGCAAAAUACAGAUUUAUUUAAUCAAGUACUUCCAUUUCUAGUUAUCUUUUUAAUGUUGCCUUAAUGUAUUUGCUUUCAAAUCAUUUCUAGUCAAACAGUAAUACAAAAGAAUAUGCUGAUGUCUUAUAUGGCUUUUCUUUGUUGAAAUGUAUUUUAAAGCCUACUCUUUGUACAAAAUAAAUAUUUAAAAAUA